GACGCGGCGGUGGCCGUGACCCGCGCGCUGGGUUGCGCGGACCUGAAGAGCCCGCUGCCGCUGCUGGCCACAGGCGUGGCGACCUCGGUCGUCGAGCUGCGCCCGGGAGAGCACGGCGCCCUGGUGCUGCUGUCCGACGGCGCCGCCAGCCUCGCCGAGGCCGAGGUGGCCGCAGUGAUCCAGCGCCACCAGGGAAGGCCCCGGGCCGCGGCGCUGCAGUUGACGCAGGACGCGGCGGCCGCCCGAGGCGAAGGUGCAGAGCCAUCGGGAGAUGCUGUCGCCGCAGUCUGCGCCUUCAUGAACUUCCGAGGCGGCAGCCCGGCGCCCCCCGACCCGAAGCGGGCCAAGACCGCGCAUGGCGCGGCACAGGAUAUCGUGAAGUUCAUGGAAGGUGUGCUCGCCGAGGCCAGGGAGGACGUGGAGGAGACCUCUGCACAUGGGAAGAAGUUUGCGGAGCGCGGAGGGGCAUGA